AUGCCGAAAUCACACGUAUCCCAAGCCAAAGAUGUAUCCUCAUCUCGGGAACUGGAACCCCUUGAUCGCCCUGAAAAACUCAUUCCUCUGAUUAAGCUAGACAAUUUAUACAACUUCCGCUUACAUGGCGAGGAAAAGGACACCUACGAAGACGUGCUGGAGGCACUCCGAGCGGGACGUGACUACAAAAAAUGGGCAUGGUGGCCAUACUUCAUAUUUCCGAUUCCCGAAGAGUGGUACGAAGAACCAGAUCCGACUAAAAAGGGCGAACCCACAAAGGCCACUUACAAAGACCUUCAUCACAUGAUGAAGCUUCUACAAGACGCAAAGUUGGGGACAAGGCUCGGAUACGUUGUGAAGCUGUUUGACAUAUUGGGCGACAGCUGCAUGACGAGGAUCAUCAGGGGAACUGCUGGGGAAGAAUUCCAGAAGAGGAGAACGUUGCACUUGGGCAGAUUUUUGCUCACUUACAACUCCGUCUUGGCGAUUCCCGGUUAUGAGGAUAACCAAGAGGCAAGAGAAAUUUGUCUUCGGCUGUUGAAGGGAUUGCGGGUGAGAAAGAAUGAAUUAGUCGAGGAGUUCCCGAGCGAUAAAUGGGACUACGAGAAAGAUUUCUCCAAUGGCAAAGUCAUUGGGCCGUUCAUCUACGCCAAGUAG